CUCCUCCAGCAGCACACAAUGAUCCAACUCUUCAUCGACUCAAGUCGUCAGUUCCUGAGAGGAGCGCCGAGAAGCCUCUGUCCUUUGUAGCAGGAGUGUUCACCAGAUAAACCCCCAUCGCGGGAUCUGCCUGUUUUGGUUUGAGGCGGGUUUCCCCCUCCGUGUUCAUACACCGGCUCACCUGCAGAAGUUAAAAACCAUGCGACCCCGGGCUGCGCUCCCCCGGUUUCCCUCCAUUCUAUUUCUCCUCUUCCUUCCCCCUGUUUUUUCCUCUUCCUCCCGCCCCCAGUGGGUUCCCCAGCGUGUCCCUGUGGUCCUCGCACAGCAGACGGAGGCUCGAUCAGCCCCUCACUUCCUGUCUCCGGCCCGCUUGGACGUCAGCUCCCCCUGUGACCCAGAAUGCCACAAGAAGGCUCCUCGUCCAAGCUACUGGGACCUGCAACGUCUUCUGGCCUAUGAGACACUCAACUCGGAUGGGCAGCUUACUGAGACAGCUGUUGCGAUCUAUGGCUACGACCCCAACACGAGUCCGGCCUAUUCCUCUGGGUCUUCUGGGAAGGCCCAGCGGUCACAUGUCAGGAGGAAGCGACAGGUCUUUGGCCAUGAUGGGCGUUUUAGCAUUUCUGGGCAGAACCACUUGCUGAAAUAUCCAUUCUCAGUGGCCGUCAAGCUGUCCACUGGGUGUUCUGGUACAUUGGUUGGUGACCGUCACGUUCUCACAGCUGCUCAUUGUGUUCAUGAUGGUAAGAACUAUGUGAAAGGAGCCCAGAAGCUCCGGGUUGGGUUUCUAAAAACGAAGCAUCAAGACACACAGGCGUUGUCCUUUGACCUUUCCUCCAACUUCACCAACCAUGUUGAAGGUGGCCACGUUCCUUACGCCCCACCAACAAACGACAAAAUGAAGUUCCAGUGGAUCAGAGCGAAGCGCACACAUGUGCCUAAAGGAUGGAUUAAAGGGAAUGCCAAUGACAUAGGAAUGGACUAUGACUACGCUUUGCUUGAGCUCAAGAAACCCCACAAACGCCGCCAUAUGAAGUUAGGAGUCAGCCCCCCCGCUCUGAGGCUGCCCGGUCGACGAGUCCACUUCUCAGGGUUUGACAAUGACCGUUCAGGCAAGCUUGUGUAUCGGUUCUGCCGGGCCGGCGAGGAGACGUCCGACCUGCUGUACCAGCAUUGUGAUGCUCAGCCCGGGGCCAGCGGGUCAGGGGUCUACGCCCGGAUGUGGGAUGGGCAGCGCCGGCGCUGGGAGAGGAAGGUGAUCGGUGUAUUUUCUGGGCAUCAGUGGGUCGAGCGACAAGGGGCGUCUCAGGAAUUUAAUGUUGCAGUGAGAAUCACACCUCUCAAAUACGCUCAGAUCUGCUACUGGAUAAAGGGAAACUUUGUGGACUGCCGAGAAGGGUAAGGGGUGUAGCAACAAACUGGAUCAUUGGGGGCUGAAACAACUCAACCCACCACUAGUAACACUGACAUAAAAUCAAAAAUAAACAUCAACAUUUAGUUUCCCCUGAUCACAUAUGGCAAUAUCAAUAAUGUAAAUACACACCCAAAUCCAGUAGUGACACUAAACAUAGUAAACAGGACCGAUUCAUUUCCAAAAUACUUAGUUUUGUAUCUUCUCUCCCAUUUCUCAAAUAUGACAACGUUUUACAUGUGUAUUAACUUGAAAAAGUGUAAGUCAUGUGGUUUUGCAGAACAGAGGCACACUUAUCCGUUUCCUGGAACAAUUUUCUUGUUGAUAAUUUCAUCUGGAAGACACUCAUAUCUGGAACAUGCAUGGACUGAUAUAAAACAGGUCAUCAGAUCACAAGGAGCAGGACUGGGAAAAGGAUUUCACUAUGUAUUCUAGCCUUUUAGUGUGCUUAUACUAAAGAUUGCACUGUUUAAACUCUUGAAGUUUCUCUACUGAAAAGUAGGAUUUGUGUGGAUGAAUGUACAAAUCAGCAACCAAAGGUGCCUGCAGUUUCUCUUUUAAAGAUGUGUCUUCUCUCAGUGGACAAACUAGUUAUCUACAUAGAGUGCUCUGUCAGCUACACAAACUGUGUUUUGGAGGUAUAUUUAACUUGUUACACAGAAAUAUUUUAGACGACUGCAGAUUACUUGUUUUUAUGAAGCCCAUUUUGUUGAGCUUUAUACAUUAAUGCUUAGCUCCCUCUGGUGGCAAACAUAAACAUAAAUAACAAAUGUUAUGUCUCAGAAACUGAACGGAAUGAAAUAUAUGCUCUGAAAUAA